AUGACAAGCAAGCCUGUGGAAGAGAGCGCCUCGCGUCCGAAGCUCGACCUUUCCACGAUGGAAUCGAAGACAGACUGCGCUAAAAGCAACGCCAAAGCAAUCUCAGAAGCAGACAACGAGAAUGCAGAGCUGGCCGCCUCUACUGUCUCGAGAUCUUCUGAGUCGGCCCAAUGUCUCUCGACGACAGCUUCUUCAGCUGCCUCAAUAGAGUCCUUUCACGAAAGCGAGAAACUCGCCACGAUAGAGAAGCAAAAAACGCCACAGACGGCCACGUUCCCGCCUCAGCCACCCAACUCGCCAGAGGACACCUUUGCGUCAGGCAGCCUUGAUAUGGGAACCGCGCUCAGCUUUGGAGACGCCUCACUUCAGGAUGGUAAUAGCGAAGCCCAUGUGGAGAUCCAGGCAGCCCAGGACCUCACGAGAGCAAAGCUCAGAGCGACGGUGGAGAAGCUCAACAGAGAACAGCUGAGCAGGAGCGACAGACACGAAAAGGGGAUCUUGGACGAGUCUCGAGAGGACUGUGAUUGA